GUUCGAGGCGAGUUGCUUGUGAUUUCUUGAGACGGCGAGCGCAUUCCUCUGAAAGUGGACACAAGGUUCCGCUCCGAACAGUCACAGACCAGGUGCUGGUGUGACAAGCAGACUUAUGGUUCUACAACAUCGCAUUCCCCAGAGAAUCACGGAAAGUUUUGAAUAAGAGUGCGCUACGAGCGUAGGAGGAUUCUGAGCUGUCUUCCUCGCUUCGGUCUUUCGCCGUGGAUAAGAAACCAAAAUCACUGAGCGUUCUUACGCCAACAUAACGAACAUCACUUGCGUUCACCUACACUAACCGGUUCUGUCGGCCGAUGACGGCGAAGGCAGCGCCAUGAAGGCCCUCCGCCCUCCGCUGCCGCCUUUCCGGCCCUCCCUCCUCCUCCUCCUCCUCCUCUUCCUCCUGCUCCGCGGCCGGGCGGCGAGGGGCGACUGCCCGCAGGACUGCGCCUGCUCCAGCCCGGGCUCCAUCUUCUGCUUCCAGCGGCGCGCCGCCUCCGUGCCCCGGGGCGUGCCGUCCUCCACUGUCAACCUCUACCUCUUCCAGAACGGCAUCGAGGCCCUGACGCCGGAGGACUUCGCCGGCCUGGGCGGCCUGCAGAUGCUGGACCUCAGCCAGAACAAGCUGUCCCGGCUGCCGGGAGGCGCCUUCCGCCCGCUUUCCGAGCUGCGCAACCUGGACCUCUCCAACAACCAGGUGGAGCACGUGUCCCAGGAGAGCUUCGCCGGGCUGGCCCUGCUGGAGAGGCUCUAUCUCUUCAACAACCGGAUCCAGAGCAUCCACCCGGCCGCCUUCCAGGGGCUGGGCCAGCUGCUGGAGCUGAAGCUCCAGGGGAACCAGCUGACCUCGCUCCCCGCCCUGCGCAUGCCCAAGCUGCUGCUGCUGGACCUCAGCUACAACCAGAUCCCGCCCCCGGAACCGGCCGACUUGCAGACGCCCAACCUGGAGGGGCUCCACAUGGCCGGUAUGGGGCUGAGGGAGCUGGACCCGGGUUUGACGGCCGGGCUGGGGAACCUCCACGGCCUGGACCUGUCCCAGAACCAGCUGCGGGCCGUGCCGGAGGCUCUGAGGGAGGUGCGGGGGCUGACCCGGCUGAACUUGGCCGGGAACCCCGUGGGCCGGCUGAGGCCGGAAGACUUCCAGAAGCUGGAGCAGCUGCGGGAGCUGCAGGAACUGGACCUGAGCAACACCAACCUGCAGGGCCUGCCCCGCGAGUUUCGCCAGCUCCUGCCCCGGCUCCAGGGGCUGUCGGUGGCCGAGAACCCCUUCAACUGCCUGUGCCCGCUGGCCUGGUUCCCCGAGUGGCUUCGGGAGGGCGGGGUGCGGCUGGGGCGCACCGAGGAGACCCGCUGCCACUUCCCGCCCGUCAACGCCGGCAAGGUCCUGGAGCGGCUGGACUACAGGGAUUUCGGGUGUCCCACCACGACCACGGUCACCACGACCACGGUGACCACCAGCAGCACGGCCAAACCCACGAGGGUCACCACGGCGCCCAGGCCGCUCACGCCCGCCGUGGUUCCGCCCCCUCCCAGCGACAGCCCCUCCCACACGGAGACGGACAGCGACCCGCCCCUCGCAGUCCCCUCCGCGCCCGCCGGAGGCGACGGCGAGUCCGAACCGGAGUUCGGGGAGCACAUGUGUCCCGCCAACAUCUGCCUGAACGGCGGGACCUGCCAGCUGGACCGGCGCGGGCACCUGGAGUGCAUCUGCCCGCCCCGCACCUCAGGCACGUACUGCGAGAACGAGGAGGAGGACCCCCCGCCGCCCCCCGCCAACCCGCCCCCGGAGACCCGCACGGUGGCCGUCGCCGUGACACCCGACAUCAGCUCCCGACAGGUGACCAGCACCUCCAUCCUGCUGGACCUGCACCGCUACAUCCGCACGCGGCCCUACCUGCGGGGAAUCCGCCUCACCUACAAGAACCUGUCCGGCCCGGACCGGCGGCCCAUGCAGCUGAGCGUGCCCGCCUCGUACCCGGAGUACACCCUGCGGGGGCUGCGCCCCAACUCCACCUACUCCAUCUGCGCGGGCCCCCUGGGGGAGCUGGGCCCCGCCGACACGGCCUGCACGGAGGCGCGCACCGCCGGCCAGCCGGCGCCCGGCCCCGGGGCCCGCGUGAUGGAGGGGCAGUUCAGCAGCGCGCUGGUGCCGGCGCUGGCCGUGGCCCUGCUGGUGCUGCUGGCGGCGGGCGUGGCGGCCGUGGUGUGCUUCCUCCGGCGCCGGAAGCGGGCCAAGGGGCCCCCGGACUCGGGCUGCGACGAGCCCUCCACGCUGGAGCUGGAGGGGGUCAAGGCCUGCCUGGACAACGGGGCGCUGCCCCACAAACAGGCCGCCGACCUCCAGCCGGCCGCGCCCGCGCCCGGCCUCCACGCCGGGGUGGAGUACGAGGUGCCGCUCAUGCAGGCCCACUGCACCGCCAACAACAACAUGGCGUCUCUCAAGCCCUCCUAUUUCUGACCCCCUCCCCCCCCCCCUUGUCCUUCAGACCUCCAGCCACUAUGUGGAGCCCUUAAAAACCAGUAGCAGCCUGCACGCAGCUCAGAGACGCAAAACAGCAGGCUGAAUGAACUGUAACAAAACAAAAAACAAAAAAAGAACAAAUACGUCACGUUCAUGUGCAAUCAAAUUUGCUUGAUGGGAGAUUUGUUCUAAAGGAUGUUUGUUUUUUUUUUCGUCUUCAGGGCAGUAGCCAGAGUGCCUUUGUUCACAGUUACACACGUUGUGCUGACAGACGAUGGUGUGUGUUAUUUCUGUUUGUUUCCGUAAUCGUAUUGCUGGACAAACAUGGCGGGAGGGACGCAGUUUUUCGGCGUGUCUCCCCCGCUCGUGGCCUCUCGCGACGGGUCGGAGAGAGCCCAGGGCCCGUACGGGCGGCGAGGCUUUUCGGGGCAGGAGGACAGGUGACCGAAACGGCACUCCACACACCCUGUUCGGGAGGAAACUUGCACUGAAGCCAGGGGGCUCUGCGGAUUGACCCCCCCCCUUAAUGACUGAAAUAUUAGCUUCCCCAGAGGAGCAUCGCUCGUUGUGGACGACGUCACCGUACAGUAACUGAAAAAAGCUGCUGAGUCGGAGAAAGGAGAGGUCUUGCAAAGCUUUGUUUGACUCUUCUGCUAUGUGAAGGCUGUAUUUUCUUUGUUUAUAUAUACUUUCUUCUCAGCUGCAGAUUUUCUUCUUCUUUUUUUUUGACAAUUACCAGUAACUCCCCGCCCCCGCCCCCCCUCCCCUCCCCCUUACACAACCGCUUUUUACGAAAGGCAGGGAAAACACCAGAUUUUAAUCUUUGAAGAUUAAGAACUUUCUCAAGCCAACGGGUCAAUCAAACGCCUUACUUUGCAAAGUAUCAGACUGUCUGAGUAGCAGCAAGACUGUACCCAAACCCCCCACCUCCCCUUCCAUCACAUGCACACACAUUCUCAAAUGUGCCCCCCUCGCAGUUAACCCAGAUCGGCAGUUACAAAACAAGGCGGCCAUUUUAAAUCCCAGUCUUUUAAUGCUCUGCCAUAAGCCGAUGACUGAACCCCUUCAAACUGCCACACAAGGGAAAAAGGAAAAGUGAAAAAGAGAGAGCCUCUUCAAAGACUAUUUAUUAUUUGUGCCACUGAGUGGAGUGUAGCUAUUCUCUCCCCCCCCAAAAAAAAUGCAAUGCAAAGAAAGAGAAAAAGCCCAGCCAUGUGAGGUAGAUUCUCCCUGAGCAGAAGACGACUGAACUGCUGUGUUUCUGUGUGCCGUUAACUUUAGCACGGUGUUAGCACGGCAAAGAAACCGCAUUGCUGGUGUGCAGCCAAUCAGGCACUUAAAAAGCCCAGACCCAACACACAGGCUCUAUGACUUAGUGCUACUUUCUCAUGACUGAGGCAAAAAAGAAGAAGAAAAUAUUAUUCUUUUUCAAAUCUGACAUUAAUUUAAGACGGCGGAAAUAUUUUUAAAAGGCCGCUGCGGGCGGAGAAAACUGAUAUCCGAAAAAAGGUGAAUUUCAAAUUUUCACAAAAAAUAAACGUUUUUUUUUUCCAUUCAAUGGAUUGGAAGCCCUUUGAUGUAAACACCUUCAGCGAUGCAUGGUACCUGCGCCCACUGCGAUCUUGUAAAGAAGCGCGCGGUCUUGUGAAAGCCCCCCCCCCACCACCCGGCUCUCCCCCCCCCCACAGCUCUCCACACGUACUCAGCCUCCCCCUUUGAACAGAGAACUACAAACGGAGCACAUUAAAGAGGAGAGGGAAGGGGGGGGGGGCAGGGAGGGCAGGAAGGGUCAGGGAGCGCAGAAGCCAUUUUGGUUCCCGAGGUACAGAGGCUGGCCGGACGGGGGGAGGGCUGCGCUAGCGCUAACGCGGCGUGGCGGCCGUUUCGCGCGCACGGUUGUUAAAUUAGGAAGUGAGGUCGGGGGAAAGGGCCGGCCUCCU